AUGGAGUCGUCGAAGAUGCGCCCGGGCUCCAAAACGUUGGCGUUUUCCUCAAUAUUUCUCUCCCUUGUUGUCUGCUUUGUAGCACUGGUUCACGUCGAGGUCGAACUUCAUGCUCAUCGACAAAUGCUUCAAGUCUUAAGUCAACAAAGAGCGGAUAAUUUUGAGCCACGCAAAACUGUUCAUGAGCCGAUCACCUCAUCCUUUCACAGUGACUCUGUUGAAGGUAAGUUGCGUGUUUCUUACUUUAUAAGUUAUUCACUGACUGAGACAUGGCGUCGAGUAGUGUGUACGCUUCGCAUAAAUUCUUUCGUCGGUAGCUAUUUCUAUUGCCCUCCCAAUGUUGGUGUGCAAGAUUUGGUGAGUUAACAAGUGCGAUAAAAAACAUUUGGAGGACGAGGAGAAGGGACGGAAGCAAAAAAACAGCGUUGGGUGUAAGUGUCCCAACUAUUUUUUGUCUAAGACUGUAGCUAGCUAAGAUAUAUCUCGUCAAUAUCGCAAAUUUUACAGAGGUAUGUACAUGUAUGGUGUCAUUAUCCAACAAUAGCAGCAACAACGUAGCAAUCCGCAGCACUGCGUUUGAAAAAUCUAACAGUGUUUCCUGAUACUGAAAAAAAGGUUGUUUUUUUUAUAGUGUGAAAUUGAAGGGAAUCUUUGUUUUGAGUCUGUUUUUGUAACCAGUUCAGCUAUUGUUCAACUGAAAAGACUUCCUCCGCUGUCUGAAAGGAUAAGGUAAUUGUUAGCUGCAUCAGGUUACAGCCGUGAUAUAUAGUCAUUUUACGAUCACGUCUAGUUACGCAACCGAAACAUUCCAAACUUUGGCGCGACGAGACGUCAUGAUGAUGACGAUGAAAAAAAAAAUCUCAAAGAAUUUAAUAUAAAAAUACAAUAGGCCCAGGAAAAUGAACGCAGACGAUCAAAGUUCCCCUAACAUAUCAGAACAGAUAAACAGUUUUUAGGGCAGCUCUAAAUUAACCAAACAGGCUUCUAAAGCAUAGAGAAAUCCAUUUGAGACACUUCUGGCCUAUUUGGCCAUUGGGUGUCCCUUAUCAAUGACGUCAAUAAAAGGCGAAAAUGAUUUCUUAAAAACCUACAAGAAAGUGAAGGUUUCUUUGGGUGGUAUUAGGCCAUUUGCACGAUAACAGAAUUUUACUACUAAGCCGAGAAUCCAUUUCAUUUCAUUUUCAUUUCAUUUCAUUUCAUUUAUUUGUUUUUUUAGUCACUCACAUUACAUAAAAAUAAAACGUUACAAGAGGUGUUAAUUAAAAUAUAAGUUGUUGUGACAAGGAAGCUAUAUUAAGCUAUAUUACAAAGGGGAUCGCAGCUUGUGGAGAAAACAUAAAACUUAAGCGACAGACCCCGAGUAUCAAUGAGAUAAUUUUGCAGAUUUUUUAAAAACAAAUAUGGAAGAGGAGCUGGUUAGUGUAACUGGCAAAGAAUUGCAAAUUGUUGGUCCCGCAGGUUAUUGUUUUCUUGUUAUUUAAACCUCCCUGGGAUUACCACAUUUAGAUAUGAAAAGAAAAGCGAAAAUGAUUCUAGACGUAGUAGUACAGUGUAUAAUGACGCCAUGGUGCAAAUGAUCCAUUAUCUUCCCUAUUUAUUAUUAACAAAGUAUCACCAUCACUGUUUUUCUUCUUUUCUUUCCAUGUAGUUGCAGAAGUUCACAGUCGCCACAAACGCAACUCUAAAAGUGUCAACAAGAACUCAAGUGCGACUGUCAGUCGUGAUGACAUCGAAAGGGAAGUCCACCGGGCCCUAAGUAGCCUGGCCUGCACGGUGCAUUGUCCUAAAGGUAUUAGGGGGAAACGUGGCAGGCCUGGUCCCCCGGGCAAGCAGGGUCCACCUGGACCUCAAGGACCUCAAGGACCUAAAGGAAGCAAAGGUGCUCAAGGCGAUCAGGGACCACCUGGGCCUCAAGGCGAUCAGGGCCUUCAAGGACCCAAAGGCGAUCCUGGUGAAUCUAUCUCAGCUCCCUCUAUUGUCUCACCUCCGUUUUCCAUGGUAGUAAAUGAAACUGGUAUAGCCUCAUUGCAGUGCGAGGUUAAGGGAAAUCCAACACCUCAGGUCACGUGGCUAAAACACAAUUCAAGUCUUCUCGCCGACAAGCGAAUCUUCCAAUCACGUGGCGGAUUAACUAUUAAAGAGGUGACGUCACAAGAUAGUGGUAUUUACACUUGUAAAGCAAGAAAUUUACUUGGCGUGAUAACAUCAUCAGCAGCGUUAACUGUUCAAGGUGAAAAAAAGCUCACCACUUUCCAUUUUUCACAACGUCAAUUUAGCCGGACGUCUGUAUUCUUAGGCUAGAGGAAUCUGAGAACUGCGUUUCUUCUUAAACAUCACUUUUCGCAAUUGGUUACCACUCUAACUCCGACUUUUCCUUAGUAAAAACCAGUCUCAAAAGAUAACCGCAGCCUCCGACUCAGGGGAUGCUUGGAAGGUGCGCGGGCUGCAUUAAAUGGCACGGAAAAAGUUGUUAAUUCACUAAUAUGAAAGUAGACUACACUUAUUGUAAGGUAACUUAAGGAAGAUUCCUCGUGGGUACUUAAAGUUAUAGGUUAACGUUCUUUCUAUCGUGUUUCCCAAUUGCAGUUGCUGCCUUGAUCACAAAAAAGCCCUCUUCUGUUAUCGUUGAAGAAGGAGAAAACGUGAACCUAGUGUGCAAAGCUAGCGGUCUGCCGGUGCCAACGAUGACGUGGCAAAAAGCAUUAGGUCACUUGCCAAGAGGUAAAACAACAGUGAUCGAUGGGAACAUGACUAUACUACGUGUAACGAAAGAAGAUAGGGGGACUUACGUUUGUUCAGUGAAAAAUCUCCUUGGAAAGGACUCCGCUCUCGCCCAGGUAACAGUCAUUGACAGGCUCAAAUUUACCCUAAAACCUCCUUUAAAGGCUACCGCAUCUGAGUUCAGCAACCUGAUGCUAAAUUGCAAAGCCCAGGGAGCCCUAGAAAUAACUUGGAAGAGAACCAACAAAUAUCUUUCUCGUACUCAUGUUAUUUUCCCAAACGGAACUUUAUUUCUCAAGAAGGUGACCACAAAUGACGCUGGAUCCUACAUAUGUGUAGCGAAAAAUUAUCAACGGACAAUAAUGGCAUCGUCUACUGUUGAAGUGCUCAAACCCAUGUCCUGUAGCAGAAUAAAGUCAGGCCACAGUGGAAGCUCUUCAGGUAAUUAUAUUAUUGACCCUGAUGGCAAAGGAGGCGUGACUCCGUUCAGUGUGUAUUGUGACAUGAGUGACAAGGGAGGAGUUGGUGUGACAGUCGUCAGUCACGACAGCGAGAGUAGAACUCAUGUUGCCAAUAUCCCUGGGUGUGGUGUGACUCCUGGAUGUUACAGAAAAGAUGUAUCUUACACUGGAGUUAGCACAACUCAAUUGGCGGCACUAACUCGAGUCUCACAGAACUGUGAACAGUUUAUUAAAUUUGAGUGCAACAAUGAUGUUGCCUUUGUGCCCGACUCAGUUGCCUGGUGGGUGUCACGUGAUGGAAGGAAAAUGAACUACUGGGGAGGCGCUGGUGGAUCAUUUAACACGUGCGCAUGCGGAGUAACAAACUCUUGCUUUAGUAGUGGAAAAAAGUGUAAUUGUUACAACGGUGGCAGCGGCUGGAGAGAGGACAGCGGUCUACUGACAGAUAAGUCUGCUCUUCCUGUGUCUCAGAUCAGACUGGCGGACUUUGAUGGCUCAAGUGAAGAAGGAUAUCAUACAUUAGGAAAGCUCAAGUGUUAUGGACAGGCAUGA